CAGGCCUGCUCAUGACAUGCAAGCGGACGUGCUUCGCAUCAUGGGCUGCACGGACGCUUCGCUGCGCUCACAUCCACCCGACGCGGAGCCGUGCAGGCGUCCCCCACCUCGUCCGAGCCUACGAGCACGGUCGCCUUUGCGGGCGACACACACCGCCCUGGACUGAUGCCAUUUCAGCUGCCGCCGCUGCGUGUCCGCGUCUCUGUUCCUCGGAGAGACCAACUGGAGACCUCCGACGUCGGUGGAAACUGAGACGCGUCCCCCCCCCCCCCCCGCCGUGUGGACCCCAAACCAGGCUGCCCCCGCAUCCGGCGGCGAAUGGAACGAUACGCACGGACGCUGUUUAGUGCCGGAACACCUGUGAGAUGACGGAUCGGAAGAAAAGGAAGCUCGCUCGAUUUCUUCUUUUGUUGGCGGGGGCAAUGAGCGCGCGUCGAGACGGAUGUGAUCCGACGUUACGCGGAUGCGUCUGAGUGGGAUUUUAUUCCUGACCGGGGUUCUUUAUUCUGUCACGGGGGCGGUGGAUCGUCGCGGUGAUAUUGUUGUUUCCCCCCCCCCCCCCAUUCGGCCCCGGCAGUGGUGCCACCGCUCGCGGACGCAUGGAUGUGGGCGCUCGCGCCACCCCGGCUGCGUAGAUGGCAAACGCGAGUGAGUUUGGGCAGAGCAGCCCGUCCUUGCAGAACUAUGCGUCCGCGGCCUCUGCGGUCAAGCUGGCCGCCAUGGCGCUGAUCAUGGGCAUCAGCCUGCUGGGCAACGCGUCGCUGUCGCUGCUGCUGCUGAAGGACAGCUCGCUGCACAAGGCUCCCUACUACUUCCUCCUGGACCUGUGCCUGGCAGACGUGGUGCGCUCCGCCGUGUGUUUCCCCUUCGUGAUGGCGUCGAUCGGCGGCGGCGGCGGCGGCGCCUCCGCUUGGCCGUACAGCGCGCUCGGCUGCAAGAUCGUCGCCUUCAUGUCGGUGCUCUUCUGCUUCCACGUCGCCUUCCUGCUCUUCUGCGUCAGCGUCACCCGGUACAUGGCGAUCGCCCACCACCGCUUCUACUCGAAGCGCAUGAACCUGUGCACGUGCGCGGCGGUGAUCUGCAUGGCGUGGACGCUCUCCGCGGCCAUGGCGCUCCCGCCGGUCUUCGACGUGGGCACCUACAAGUUCAUCCGCGAGGAGGAGCAGUGCACCUUCGAGCACCGCCACGUGAAGGCGAACGACACGCUGGGCUUCAUGCUGAUGCUGGCCGUCAUCGUGGCCACGACCCACGUCGUGUACGCGAAGAUGCUGUGCUUCGUGUACGACCACCGCAAAAUGAAGCCGGCGCAGCUGGUGCCGGCCAUCAGCCAGAACUGGACCUUCCACGGCCCGGGAGCCACCGGGCAGGCCGCCGCCAACUGGAUCGCCGGCUUCGGCCGCGGACCCACCCCGCCGACGCUGGUCGGCAUCCGGCAGGCGUCUCACCCCGGCAACAGGAGGCUGCUGGUGCUGGACGAGUUCAAGACGGAGAAGCGCAUCGGGAAGAUGUACUACAUGAUCACACUGGCCUUCCUCGUCCUGUGGGCGCCGUACAUAAGCGCCUGCUACCUGAGAAUAUUUGGGAGGGGGGCCCCGGUGCCGCAGCUCUACCUGACCGCCGCGGUGUGGAUGAGCUUCGCGCAGGCGGGCGCGAACCCCAUCAUCAGCUUCCUGUUCAACAAGGAGCUGCGGGUGCGACUCCGCGCCUGCUUCCCCUGCUGCCUGGGCACGCAGACUCCCAUGGAGCCAUACUGUGUCAUCUGAAGCGCGCUGGCCCCCAGGCGAGCUGCUGCCAAAGGCGCGCCACGGUGUCUCGUCGCAGGAUGUACAGACAGACUACAUGCACGUUGUGGAGGCUGAGCCCACUUCAGUCCAGUGCAUCCACACUUUCUGUACGUGGCAAAGUACAAACAAAGUACAAACAAGUCUAUCUGACGAAAAAAUAUGUCUUACUUCACUAUUCAGACUGAAUAAAGCUAUGAGGCUGCAUAUUAAAGUAUGAGAGCAUAAUGUGAUGCUUUUCAAAAUAAAACAGAGUGUUUUUAUCUGCCUCACCAGCUGAGAGCAAGAUCUGCCUCACCCCCCCAUGUAUGCAUUAUCAUACCAGCCUAUUCUGGUGCACUGCAGCAGUGUAUGUGAAUGAUUUUGGACUAUUCAUUUGUAUAUUUUGAAAUCAUAAUCCAACCUGUGUCUGCAGGUUGUUCGCCUUCUGCAGAACUGAUGACUGAAACACAUGCAGAACUUAUUUUGUCAGCUGACUGGAGUCUAUUUCUUUGACAUGUGCAACCUCGGCUUACUUUCAGCUCCACAAUUGACACACAGAUUUCCGUUAAUCUUUUAAUUGGGACAAUAUCACAUUUGUAAAUAUGUAAUGCCCCAUUCCCCUUUUCCUUAUGUUUUAUUUUAACCAGAUAUGUUGUAUAUUUCCUAAUCUCUUAGACUUCUUUGUGUUGAACAAGGCACCCACUUUAAAGGUAUUUUGCCAAUUCUUCUUCAUCUACAUUGGUCAAUUGUGUUGAGGAGUGGGUAUGUUCACCCUUCCUACAGGAUUGCAGAUCCAUUGGGAUGAAUGUUAACAAUCUGGUGCUUUGGAAAAUGAGGUUUGCAUCGUUUGUAUUUCAUAGCAAAUAAAAAAAGAAAUGGAUGAUAAGUUGCUUUGGACUCUUAUCAUCUGUUUUUAACAA